UUGUGCGUGGGUUAUCUUCAAUCUCCAAACCUCUUCCCUCUUUCGUGAUAUCCAAACCUUUCCUCCUCCACUCGCAUCACAUGGUGCUCCUCGCCCUCUCCUUCUCAGCUCCGCCGCUUGCCGUCGGAGUUCGUUCGUAUCGUCCUCGUCUACGUGCCUGGAAACGAGCGCGAGACCAUGAUCGUUCCCGCAAGUUCUCUUUCUGUAGCAGAUUGAUCCCCUCCCUCCCACGAACUAACGUCUUCGCUGCGAUAUUGCCCUCUUCUGCUCCUCGAUCUCAAUCUGAAUCCCAUAGAACUCUUGUUGAGUCUCCUGUUGUUACCUUUCAGCAGGCCAUUCAGCGUCUCCAGGACUAUUGGGCUUCUGUGGGGUGUGCCAUAAUGCAAUGCAGCAAUACUGAGGUUGGAGCUGGGACAAUGAAUCCGUCAACAUUCUUGAGGGUAUUAGGUCCAGAACCAUGGAAUGUUGCGUAUGUGGAACCUAGUGUACGCCCAGAUGAUAGUCGGUAUGGUGACAAUCCUAACAGACUCCAACGUCACACUCAAUUUCAGGUUAUCCUGAAACCUGAUCCUGGGAAUUCACAAGAACUAUUCAUUCGUAGCCUUUUGGCACUAGGAAUUGAUGUAGAUAAGCAUGACAUUCGUUUUGUGGAGGACAAUUGGGAAAGCCCUGUUCUUGGUGCAUGGGGAUUGGGCUGGGAAAUAUGGAUGGAUGGGAUGGAAAUUACACAAUUCACAUACUUUCAGCAGGCUGGCAGUCUUCCACUUUUGCCGAUUUCAGUGGAAAUAACUUAUGGCCUUGAAAGAAUCCUCAUGCUUCUUCAGGGUGUCAAUCAUUUCAAGAAAAUCCAGUACGCAGAUGAAAUUACUUACGGAGAACUGUUUCUGGAAAAUGAGAGGGAAAUGAGUGCAUACUAUUUGGAGCAUGCAAAUAUAAGUCAUAUUCAACAAUGCUUUGAGAAUUUUGAAGAUGAAGCCCUAUCCCUCCUGGCUCUUGAACUUCCAAUUCCUGCGUAUGAUCAGCUUUUGAAGGCUUCUCAUGCUUUUAAUAUAUUAGAUGCUAGAGGCUUUGUUGGUGUUACUGAACGUGCUAGAUAUUUUGCACGAAUGCGAAGUCUUGCUCGGCAAUGUGCUCAACUUUGGUUGAAGACACGGGAAGCUCUUGGGCACCCAUUAGGAUUUUCCAAGGAAAAUGAUCUCUUGUUUCAAAAUCUUCCAAAUUCCCAAUUGCAGAAGGUAUUGGAACGUCCUGGAGCAUUUGUUCUUGAGAUUGGCACUGAAGAGAUGCCUCCUCAUGAUGUAGUUGAAGCAAGUAACCAGCUUAGAAGUCUCACUGUGGAGUACCUGAAAAAAAGAAGACUGAGUUGUGGAGAAGUUUCAUCAUAUGGUACACCACGCCGACUUGUGGUCUUUACUGAGAGUCUGAGUCAUAUGCAAGCAGAGAAUGAGAUUGAGGUUCGAGGCCCUCCAGCAGCAAGGGCAUUUGAUUCCGAAGGAACUCCUACUCAGGCCGCUAAGGGAUUCUGCCGCAAGAAUGGCAUAACCCUGGAUGAUCUAUACAAGAAAUUUGAAGGAAAGACUGAGUAUGUAUAUGCUAGGAUCAAGGAAUCAAAACAAUCCACUUUUGAGGUUCUAGUAGAUGGUCUACCAAGUAUUUUGGCUUUGAUUUCUUUUCCAAAAUCGAUGAGAUGGAAUUCCCAGGUCUUGUUUAGUAGGCCAAUUCGCUGGAUUUUAGCACUACAUGGUGAAACAGUUUUGCCUUUUUCUUUUGGAGGAGUUUCAAGUGGGAGGCAAACAUGUGGGCUUCGGAGUUCGCACUCAGCCAUACUUGAGAUAGAAAGUGCAGAGGCAUACCUGCAUAAGAUGAGGGAAGCUGGCAUCUUGGUUAAUAUGAAGGAACGGAAAGAAAAAAUUAUAUGUGAUGCUGACUCAUUAGCUUCAAGUGUUAACAGCAAUGCAAUAAUGCAAGACAGUUUAGUUGAGGAGGUUGUAAACCUUGUGGAGGCUCCUCUCGCUAUACUUGGUAGAUUUGAUGAAUAUUUCUUGGAGAUUCCAAAGGACAUAUUGAUUAUGGUCAUGCAAAAGCACCAGAAGUAUUUCCCCUUGAUCUGCCAACAUACAGGAACUUUAAUGCCAUACUUCAUUGCUGUUGCAAAUGGACUAAUUGAUGAACAAGUAGUUCGGAAAGGAAAUGAAGCUGUACUAAGAGCCCGCUAUGAGGAUGCAAGUUUUUUCUAUAAAAUGGACACCCAAAAGAAAUUUUCUGAAUUUCGAGGCCUUCUAAGUGGAAUUCUUUUUCAUGAACAACUUGGAACAAUGUUGGACAAGGUGGUUCGCAUUCAAAAGAUUGUUGGAAAGUUGUCACAUUCUCUGGGAAACGAGAAAAGUGUGCAUACGAUUGUUGAAGAUGCAGCAGCUCUUGCCAUGUCUGAUCUUGCAACUUCUAUUGUCACUGAAUUCACCUCUCUAUCAGGAAUAAUGGCCCGCCAUUAUGCUCUAAGGGAUGGGUAUCCCGAGCAGAUUGCUGAGGCUCUUUUUGAAAUUACACUUCCAAGAUUUUCUGGGGAUAUACUUCCAAAAUCUGAUGCUGGAAUUGUUCUGGCCAUUGCUGAUAGACUGGACAGUCUUGUUGGCUUAUUUGGUUCUGGAUGUCAGCCAAGUUCAACAAAUGACCCCUUUGGUUUGAGAAGAGUGUCUUAUGGACUGGUUACGAUACUAGUGGAGAAUAACAAGGAUUUGUCCUUGAAAGAGGCUUUGACAUUAGUGGCUGAUGUCCAACCCAUAGAAAUUAGUGCUAGUGUUAUUGAUGAUGUAACAAAAUUUGUUACUAGAAGGUUGGAACAACUAUUGGUAGAUAAGGGCAUAAGUCCUGAAAUUGUGCGUGCUGUGCUCUCAGAGCGUGCUAACUGGCCUUGUCUAGCUGCCAGGUCAGCUAUUGAAAUGGAGACAUUAUCGAGAAGUGAGAUGUUUUCUAAAGUGAUUCAAGCAUACUCGCGACCCACGAGAAUUAUUCGUGGAAAGAAAAUUGGUUCUAAUAUUGAGGUAACUGAAGCUGCAUUUGAAAAGAGCGAAGAAGAAGCUUUAUGGAAUGCUUACAUGAAAGUAGCAUCUAAAAUUCACCAUGGUGUUAGUAUGGAUAGUUUCUUUGAAGCAUCAUUGGUGUUGCUGCGUCCACUUGAAGAUUUUUUUAACAAUGUCUUCGUGAUGGCGGAGGAUGAGAAAAUAAAGAAUAACAGAUUAGCAAUUCUCAAAAGAAUUGCAGAACUACCAAACGGAAUUGCAGAUCUCUCGGUUUUGCCUGGGUUUUAAAUGGCACCAUAUUUGACCAUCGCAUAACAUGAGAUUCCUAGCUCAGAAGAAGCGUUUAUUAUUUAUCUCGGCGUGUUCUUGGUAACUGCCCUCAAAUUUUGUCAUGCAUAGGUCUCAGCAAUUAGUUACCAUCUAAUUUUCAUUGUAAUGAACAUUUUAUUAAGUAAUGUAUAAACUAAUAAAUGUUACUUGUUUUGCUUUAUUUUUUUUCCCACUUCUCAUCAA